GUUUCCUGUGCAGAAUAUACUGUACUUCCUACUAAUCAUGGUGAGCCAUAGUUGCUUGCCUGAAUUAGUACAAGGUAAAAAUGAAGAUACAGCUAGCAAUGCUACUGCAAAGAUCUCCUUUAUCUCUGGUUAAUGACGUUUACAUGAUAAAAAACCCCAGCAGCUUGCAGAAACUGGACAAAACAUCUAUGUUCAAGAUGUUUAAGAGUGAUGUUGCUGACAAGCAGUUUAGCCUGGAAACUGCAAUUAAAAAUAUUGAUAAAAUGUCCAGUGAGCUGAAGAAACUAAAUGUGAAAAGCCAACUGCUGCUCUGUGACCUUACUUUGAACUUCAGUCAUCCUGUGAAGACCACAGUUUCAAGGGAGGUAGAAGAAAAGAAAACAGAUUUUGAGGAAUUACAUAAUUCCAUCAAGUUCCAUGCUGAUGCUUCCAUUAACAAUUCUUCUCUUUGAGCCAUUAAAAUUUCAGCAUAGUUUUCUGCUCUGGUUGAAACUUUUAUAAUAUGACAUUUUGUGUUAUCAGAGUAUGAAAAGUAGUAUCUGAAGAAUGUAUCAAUAUGUGAAAAACAAAUAUUUUGAAUAACUCAGAAACAACUAAAAUAAUAAAAAGGAAAAUAAUUGGUCCAUAGUCUAUACAUUUUCCAAAAUCCCCCUUUUUAUUAAACAGCUGAGUUUGCUGAGAACAGCGACAUGGGAAACUAGAUGGCUCAGGAAAUUGUUUAUGGAACAUGACGUCUUUCAUGUCAAGUUAACUGAUCUGAAUCAAGACCAACUGGUAACAAUUAGAAGUAUUUAUUACCAGCUAGAUCAUUGUUUCCCAACUGGGAAAGGUGGUGCUAAACCUAGAUGAGCUCAAGGGCAAGAAAACAGCACUGGGAGGGAAGAAAAUGGCAUGACCCUCAAUUUGUCCCAUUGUCUUCCUCCUACAAACCUAUAGCUAUGAGUAAAAUGGCAGAUGACUUCUUGAAAGCCAUUCCUCUGCAUGUAGUGACCCCCUAAUGCAGCCAGCUACAAGAUACUAAUGGAAGGAUAAAGCUGACAAAUUUAGAUGCAAGACUCAAACCAUACACAUGCCAGAAAAUGGAAUUAAAUAUAAGAUAGGCAAACAAUGGGACCAGUCCUGUUCCUUAUUAAGUCAGUGGGAAAAACUCUGGGCCCUAAUAUUUUUAACUGAUUCUGAAUUAUAGUUUAUAUUUUAAGACAGAAAAUAUGCACCUAUCCCAGGCCUAUCAGCCCCACCCUCUUAGUUAUCUGCUUCCUGGGUAAUGAGUUUGAGUGUAAAGCAGGGUUUCUCAAACAGGGGUCGCUGCUUGUGUAGGGAAAGCCCCUGGUGGGCCAG